GCUUCAGUGCGGUGACCCAAUUCCACGUUGCUUGGUGAAGAGUGUGUGGAAUGUUUGAUAAGUUUGGGCUUUGGAUCUUACUUGUACAAAGCGCUAAAAUACGGGUCUGUUGCCAUACGAAUGGUGUUGGUGUGAUUGACCCUCAUGGAUCGGAAGCCACUUAGCCUGUUUUAUCUCAUAGUGCACCACGGUUCAGGGAGCGGUGGCUUGGGACAGUGGAAACUGGCAUGGUGGGAGAAAUCAUACAUCAGCUGGGUAUCAGAUGAGUACAUUUAGGCCUAAGUAAAAGAAUUUUUCGAUCCAAUCACUUGUCACUUGGUGAAGUGUGUGGUACUGUGGAAUGCUUGAUAAGUUUGAGCUUUGGACCUUCUCGUACAACGUGUUUUACAGUGGUGCAUUAUAAAAACACAAGCUUAGAUUUUUUUUCUGUCUACAAUGAGAGUGAGAUACCAUUUCUAGUGUGAGAGUGAUCUUAUUGUUUGUAUAUAAGCAAUGUUGUAUUUCAAUUUAUUGAAAACCCUUCCCUUCGAAGAUUAGAUUCCAUGUCCAAAUGACUUUCGUUUGAUCUUUUCUUUGUUUCUUCAUUACUUGAAAAUCCUCGGGUCUUUCAUUGCUACGAUGUUUGAAAUGCACAUGUUUUAUCCUGCCCCCGUCUCUCUCUCAUAUCCCGGAACUAAUUUUUCCCCGUUAUGGACAUUAGCAGGUGACAUGUUCACUGAAGAACAGAAUGAAUUGGUUGAAUCAGCAGCAGAGAUGCUGUAUGGUCUAAUUCAUGUACGAUACAUAUUGACUAGCAAGGGAAUGUCUGCAAUGUUGGAGAAGUUCAAGAACUAUGACUUUGGGAGAUGCCCAGGAGUUUACUGCUGUGGGCAACCCUGUCUUCCAGUUGGUCAAUCGGACAUUCCACGGUCAAGUACUGUAAAAAUAUAUUGUCCCAAAUGUGAAGAUAUUUACUACCCUCGAUCCAAGUACCAAGGCAAUAUCGAUGGAUCUUAUUUUGGAACCACAUUUCCUCACCUGUUUUUGAUGACUUAUGGACACCUCAAGCCACAAAAAGCAACACAAAGUUAUGUCCCAAGAGUAUUUGGCUUCAAGCUCCACAAGACAUGA